AUGAAUGGCAAAGCUCUUCUCUUUGUGCUCCUCCUGGCUUUGGUUGUGAUUUUUUCCUUGGUUUGCGUCUUGUUGACCAGAGGCGGGGAAACCACCCGGUGCGGUUACCAGUCGCAGAGCUUCCCGGAGCAUCUUCACGGCGACUGGAGCCAGGUGUUUGAAGAUCUGUCGCAGGAGGAAAUGGCCCGCGUGGCGCGGUACCUGAAGUCCAACCUUGGGGCAAGCUUGGAAGAUGCUUCGCAGGCGAGACCCUCUGACAACUGCAUUUAUUCCAUUGACCUGCAGUUGCCACCCAAAGCGGAGUCCCUCGCGUUCCUGGAUCACGGAGGAAUCCGCCCUCCUAGGCAGGCGCUGGCUGUGGUGUAUUUUGGAAACCAGCCCACUCCAAAUGUUACCGAGUAUGUGGUGGGACCUCUCCCAGAGCCGACCUAUCACCAGGAUGUGACGGUGCAGAAAUAUGGAGGGCAGCUGCCUUAUUAUCGCAGGCCCCCGCUGGAUGCCGAAUACAAGCAGAUGGCACGCUUUCUGCAUGGGGUGGCGUUCCCCACAGCUCCGAGUUUCAUGCAGCAGGUCUUGGGCUACGACGGGACCAACCUUGCCGCAAUGACCACCUCUCCGCGGGGACUGAAGUCUGGAGAUCGCUCGACUUGGCUCGUCCUGUUCCAGAACGUCACCGGCUACUUCUUACACCCAGUUGGGCUGGAGGUGCUGCUGGAUCACAGCAGCCUGGACCUCUCCCUCUGGGCCGUGAAGAAAGUGUUUUACGGCAGCCGGUAUUUCCGGGACUUGGCAGAGCUGGAGAGAGAAUUUGCCGAGGGGCGUCUGCAAGUGGAGAAGGUGCAGAGGGUCCCGGCUGAAGGGGGUUUUGCUUCGUUGAAGCCUAAGGUUUCCCCCGCCGGACCGGGCCCGGUGAAUUACGAGCCUCAUGGGCCACGUUACAGCGUGAGCGGCAACCAAGUCCUUUCCUCCUUCUGGAGUUUCGCCUUCAGGAUGGACGUGAGCAGGGGACCACGUCUCUUUGACAUCCGUUUCAAAGGCCAAAGGAUCGCCUAUGAGCUCAGUGUGCAGGACACCAUGUCGGUCUAUGGGUCCAACAGCCCUGGGGGGAUGUCGACCCGCUACAUGGACGCGAGCUUUGGCAUUGGCAGGCUCACCUUCCCCCUGGUCCGAGGCGUUGACUGCCCUUAUUCUGCGACCUACCUUGACGUCCGCUCUCUAGCUCAAGCAGAAAGGCCCCUGGUCACCCGCGAUGCCCUGUGUGUGUUUGAGCAGGACCUGGGCGCUCCGCUCCGGCGCCAUUACUCCCACCUUCGUCCCAUCUUCUAUGGCGGGCUGCCUGCCACUGCGCUGGUCUUCCGCUCAGUGUCGAGCAUAGGCAACUACGACUACAUCUGGGAUUUUGUCUUCCACACUAAUGGGGCCAUUGAAAGCAAAGUCCGAGCCUCGGGUUAUAUCAGUUCAUCUUUCCUCUACGGCGACGGGCUAGAUUACGGGAACCGGGUUGGGGGCCACACUCUGGGGAGCAUCCACACCCACUUCGUCAGCUACAAGGUGGACCUGGACGUUGGUGAAUGUGUGCGAAGCAGCCAGGAUCUGCACUGCUUGAAGCCGCUCUGCAAAGGAUUCGUCAUCUAG